AAAGAGAAAAUGAAAAUCAUCCAAUGAGCGUUUGACCAGAAUUCCCACUUUUCAGACUUUUCCUAAAAGGAAAGAGAAUGAAACGAUGAGAGUAUUACGAUUACGCCAACCGAUAAAACUGGUAUCGUUUUCUGUUUCUUUCUCUUUCGGACAAUCGAAUUCUAGAAAGAGAGAAAAGAAUUCAGUAACUCACUGAGGUCUACCAAAAAAAGGAAAGAAAAAAGAAAAAUUAGAGAGAUAGAAAAGCUAAAAAGCUUGAAAUAUUCAACAAUGGCGAUUCGUAGGGCUUCUAGGGUUUUGUGAUCAUCGAUUGCUUUAGUGAUUAUCAAUGGAAAUGCCCGGUCGAAGAUCCUACUACUCUCCCCUUACCCAGUAUCCGGACGACCAGUACUCCGUAUCCAUAUCAGGAGCUCCACCGCCAUAUUACGAUUCGCUUUCGAGCGAGGUCUCAAGUAAUAAGAACAGCAAAGUGAAACCCGGUAUAAUCGAUUGGGAUCAGAAUCAGAGCCAGAACCAGCAGCAAACAAGUCGAAUUGGCGGUGGCGGUGGGGGAGGAGUUGGGAAUACUUAUGCUUCGUCGAUUGUGACGCAACGCCAAUCGAGCGGGAGCAGCUUCGGCGAGAGCUCGUUAUCGGGAGAUUAUUAUGCGCCGACCAUUUCUACGACGGCUGUGAACGAGAUCAGUGCAUUCAUGUACGGUUAUGAUGAGUGCUUUAGUCAUGUGGAUAUGAGAGCGAAAGUUGGCGGUUCAUCGUCGGCGAAAAGCUGGGCGCAGCAAACGGAGGAGAGUUAUCAGUUGCAGUUGGCGUUGGCUUUGAGGCUUUCCUCGGAAGCUACCUGUGCUGAUGAUCCGAAUUUUUUAGAUCCAGUUCCGGAUGAUUCCGCAAUUCGGGCAGGUAGCUCAAGCUCUGCUGAGACAAUUUCUCAUCGGUUCUGGGUGAAUGGCUGCCUAUCAUACUUUGACAAAGUUCCUGAUGGGUUCUAUUUGAUUCAUGGAGUGCAUCCAUAUGUCUGGAAAGUGUGCACUGAUCUACACGAACAUGGUAGAAUUCCGCUAAUUGAAUCUUUAAGAUCUAUUGAUCCUACAGUGGAUUUACCACUAGAAGUGAUAUCAGUUGACAGAAGAAGUGAUCCAGGCUUAAAGGAUCUGCAAAAUAGAGUCCACAAUAUUUCCUGUAUCUGCAUAACCACUAAAGAAGUUGUUGAUCAGCUAGCAAUGCUUGUCUGUAGUCGCAUGGGUGGUUCAUCUACUACUGGAGAGGAUGACUUUUUUUUCUAUUGGAGGAAGUGCAGUGAUAAUUUAAAAGAUUGUUUAGGUUCAGUUGUGGUUCCUAUUGGUAGCCUAUCCCUUGGCCUUUGUAGACAUCGAGCUUUACUAUUCAAAGUACUAGCUGACAUGAUUGACCUACCAUGUCGAAUUGCAAAGGGCUGCAAACAUUGUAAGAGAGAUGAUGCUUCCUCCUGCCUUGUUCGCUUUGGGCUCGACAGGGAGUAUUUUGUGGACUUAAUUGAGAACCCAGGCUACCUAUGUGAGCCUGGUUCCUUGCUCAAUGGUCCAUCUUCCAUCUCAAUUUUUUCCCCAUUGCGAUUUCCACAUCCAAAACCAGCUGCACCUGCCAUUGAUUUCAGGUCAUUGGCCAAACAGUAUUUUUUGGACUGCGAAUCACUUAAUCUUGUAUUUGAUGAUGCUCCAGCAGGUACUACUAGAGAUGAUGAAAAUCCUGGAUUCUCUCUCAACCCCAAGAAACUUGGCAAGAUUGGCACCGAGAGAAAUAAUCUGGUGCAGAUCUCAAGUAAUAUGGAUGAUAUUUCGCAGUUGCCCUUACCUCCUAAUAUUGCUCAGCCAACUGCUUAUAAUAGAGGUUCCCAGUAUUCACCGUCUAUAAUACACUCAAUGAACAUUAAUAAUGAUCCUUCAAAGCACAUUUCUCCGAUACGGCCUAGAGAUGACCCUGUUUUAGUUUUCUCUGAUGUGUUGCGGGAUGCUGCUAAGGAUUCAAGGUUUGCCAAGGGCAGUCAGCUUGUUCCCCACAAACCAAGAAAAAAAGUUGCCCUCGAAGUUGGUGAUUUGGACAUUCCAUGGAGUGAUCUUAUUUUAAAAGAGAGAAUUGGUGCCGGUUCUUUUGGAACUGUUCAUCAUGCUGAAUGGAAUGGCUCGGAUGUUGCUGUGAAAAUUCUCAUGGAACAAGACUUGAAUGUUGAACGUUUCAAAGAAUUCUUGAGGGAGGUUGCAAUAAUGAAAUGUCUACGGCAUCCAAAUAUUGUUCUUUUUAUGGGAGCAGUCACACAGCCCCCAAACUUGUCUAUAGUGACAGAAUACUUAUCAAGAGGUAGCUUGUAUAGGCUUUUGCAUAAGCCUGGUGUGAGAGAGAUGUUGGAUGAGAGGCGUCGGUUGAGCAUGGCCUAUGAUGUGGCAAAUGGAAUGAAUUAUCUUCAUAGACGCAGUCCUCCUAUUGUUCAUAGAGAUUUAAAAUCUCCAAAUCUUCUAGUUGAUAAAAAAUAUACAGUGAAGGUUUGUGAUUUUGGGCUUUCUCGUUUGAAGGCAAACACAUUUCUCUCAGCCAAGUCUGCUGCUGGAACUCCUGAGUGGAUGGCUCCGGAAGUUCUUCGUGAUGAACCGUCAAAUGAGAAGUCUGAUAUAUAUAGUUUUGGUGUAAUCUUAUGGGAGCUUGCUACUUUGCAACAACCAUGGUGCAACUUAAAUCCUCCACAGGUUGUAGCAGCUGUUGGUUUCAAGGGCCAAAGGCUUGAAAUUCCACAUGAUUUGAAUCCUCAAGUGGCUGCAAUAAUUGAGGAUUGCUGGGCAAAUGAGCCUUGGAAGCGUCCUUCAUUUUCCAAUAUCAUGGAUCGGUUGAAAUCAUUGAUUAAACCCUCCACUCCUUGACCAGAUCCUGGCAUGCCAUUGCUUACCUGCAUGGCAGGAACUCCUGCAAAGUCUUCUUGCACAUAAUACAUCAUUCUUUUUGACAUAUGCCUUCAACACUACACGCUGUUAACUAAUCUAAGAAAUAGUGGUUGUACAUGUCUGUUCUAAUAGACAAUUGGGACCCUUUGUGAUUUUUGGCAUGGAUUAAAGGCUCCCCUCCCUCUUGCCCAAGAUCAUUUGUUUUCGAUUAAGUAAAAUUUCACAUGCAAUUACGUGAAAAGUUGUAUCAUAUUAUAUCGUCUUGCAUGGUUUAGUUCUAUAUGUAAUGAUUUCAACUGAAAUUAGUUCACUGUGAAGCAGUUGAUUUCGGGUAUCGGUGUGGGGUUCGAGUUUAGAAACGGCAAUUCCAUAUUUUAGGUCUAAGCUGCCUUUUUGUAAAUAAAAAACAGAAAGCAUAGAGACGAGUCAAAUCAUGAAAAAUUUUAAGAGAAAUUAUGUAUCAAUGUUUAGUUUUUUUCUUAAAAA